AUGCCUGCACGCCAGGAUUGGGAGUUUCGAGACAACUUGUGGAGAGAUCGAUAUGGGCGAAGUUCCAUUUUGGAUUACAGCUCAAUAUCCUCAGCAAAUCAACAGGGCAACAUCCUACCUAGAGUGAACGACGAAGGCAGAGAAAUCGCAAAAAGAGGUAGAGGAUUAACCAAUGAUGGAAUAAACUCUAUUCUAGAUCAGGGUUGGUCAGAACGCAUUGGUAUGAGGAGGACCCAAUCAGUUGCAGAUAUUCAACGUUCAAAAGCAUCAACACCGUACUCUAGUGUUGAUAGUGUAUCCAGCCUCUGGAAUUCCAAACCAGAAGUUGUAGAAAAGAAGCCACUAGUUGUGGGAUCACAUUUAUACGAAAUUUUCCCAGACGUAGGACGAAGUCGGCAAGGAGUGGCUGAGGCACUGAACUUUUCCAUAAAUUCUGGGAUGGAAAGGCUCCAGCUACCGCAAAGAGUUCAGUAUGAGGGUAUAGAAAAUGCUCAGAAAGCCAGAGGGUCAGAUUUAUUUGGCACGGCUUCUCCAAAUCCUCCAACUGCUGGAAUUCGAACGGAAGCAAGGGAAAUAGCCGAGUGUCACCAUGGUGAUGGCGUCAAACGUCUUAUAACUAGCAAUAGCCUUGAAGCUCUACCUCCACAAAUACGGAAACUUGAUCCUAUUGGGCGCAGAAUUGCUAAAAUGUCUCAAGGUGGAGCUGCUAAGGCGUGCCUCAAUAUUUCACGCCCAAAACGAAAACCUCUAAAGGCUGUUAGACACUAA